GAGGAGCAAGCAGUCAAAGGGGAGGGAGUGGGAGCCGGAGCGGGAGCCGGAGCGGGAGCGCGAGGGCAGGACGGCGGGCGCAGAAUUGAAGAACCAAGUGCUAAGAUCCCGCCGAACCCGGACAGGCCGCGAUGCUCCGGGUCGCGCCGGCCAAGGCGGAGGCAGAGCUGGGGGUUCGGCACUAAGGCGGGAGGGGCCGCGCGGGAUGGGGCCCCUGCCUCCCGCGGCCGCAGAAACUUGAGCCGCAGCGGAUAAACCUCUGCUCGGGUCUCUGCGCCGCCUCCCCCAAAUCCCCGCGCGCUUCGGGUCCGGGGACCCAGGUCUUCCAACCGCGACCGCUGCGCUCCUUUGGGGUAGGGGUGCAGGGGGGGUUGGCCGCGGCUCCCCGAGGCCAGCCCCCCCGAGAGUGCUGCCACCAUGGCGAACGGGGCGCCACGGCCCCCGCUGUAUCGCAGCGUCUCUUUCAAGCUGCUGGAGCACUGGAGGCGGAGCCCGGGCCGAGGGAGGAGGCCCACGGACACCCCCGGGCUGCGCGCCGCGCCUCGUCCGGCGCAGCCGGCGUCCGGCCCCCCUCCCUCCCGCUCUGUCCAGCUGGCGUCGGGGGCCCCUGCCGCCUCCGCCUCAGCCCCUCUCUCGCCCGCACCUCUCCCCGUCGUGCGCCAGCUUUCCCGGCGCUUCGACUCGCCUCAUCUCGACAACGACCUCGCAGGGGCCCGGGACGGGGUCUCCCCGGGGACGACGGAAGAAGCGGCCGAGGGCGCCGCGCGCGGGGCCUGGCCCAGCGUCACCGAGAUGCGUAAGCUCUUCGGCGGUCCUGGCUCCCGGCGGCUCAGCGCCGACUCGGAAGCCCUGGGAACGACCAGCCCCGACGGUGCCGCGUGGGAGCCACCGGCACGGGAUCCCCGGCAGCCACCAACGCCGCCUCCUCGGACGUGCUUCCCCCUGGCGGGCCUGCGUUCCGCGCGGCCGCUGCCGGGGCCGGGGGCCGAGGGGAGGAGGCGGCGGCAGCAACAGGAGCGGGCGCAGCGUCCGGCGGAUGGUUUACAUUCUUGGCAUAGCUUCUCCCAACCGCAGGCCGGGGCCCGGGCCUCCUGCUCCUCCUCCUCCUCCAUCGCCUCCUCCUAUCCUGUCAGCCUCAACCGGGCUGCCAGCUCCAGCGACGAGGAAGAGGAGGGCCCGCCGCCGCCGCUCGGGGCGCGGAGUCCAGCCUACAACGGCGGCCACUCCUCGGGCAGUGAGGAGGACCAAGACGGUGAGGGCGGCCGCCGCUGGGGAGGGAGACUGGGGCCCAGACCUAGAAACUCACUCUUGGGCCGGGACUGCAGGCUGGACAGUGAUGGGUUAAGUCUAGGCAGUAUGAGCUCUGCAGGAGAAGCCAGGAUUUCUGAAUCCCCAACAACUCCAAGAGCCUGUAGAGAGGAGGAACCCCGGGAGUGGGGUACUGGCUCACUGCCCAGAGUCCCAAGUUCCCAGGAGGGGCUGCGACCCUUGUCAGACACUGUCGGGGGAGCUUUCCGAGUGGCCAAGGUGAGCUUUCCCACUUACCUGGCCAGCCCCGCGGGCUCCCGUGGCAGCAGCCGUUAUUCCAGCACAGAGACACUCAAGGAUGAGGAUCUGUGGUCUAGCCGGGGUUCUGGGAGCUGGGGUGUGUACCGUUCCCCCAGCUUGGGAACUGGAGAAGGGCUCCUCCUGCGGCCCCAAGCUCGAACCCGCUCCAAGGGAUCUGUGGGCCCCACGAGGGCACUGAGGGAUGGAGGAGUGGAGCUGGACAAGAGCCGACAGCGGAAAUCCCUGUCCAACCCAGAUAUUGCCUCAGAGACCCUGACCCUGCUUAAUUUCCUGCGCUCUGACCUUUCGGAGCUGAGGGUCCACAAACCUGGCCGGCUUCCGGGGGACCCUGAGAGCAGUCCCCUGGAUGGCAGAGACUCACCACCAGCUGGUAGCCCCAGGGGGCAACUCGGGCCCGUGCCCACCCCAGCCCCAGCAUCACCCAGCACCCGCCCCACACUCAAGGAUUUGACAGCCACCCUGCGGAGGGCAAAGUCGUUUACCUGCUCUGAAAAGCCAGUGGCCCGCCGCCUGCCCCGCACUGGUGCCCUGAAGCCCAGCUCCUCCGAGCUCCUCCUGGCAGGCCCUGACACCGAGGAGGAUCCACUGCCCCUCAUCGUCCAGGAUCAGUAUGUGCAGGAGGCCCGUCAGGUUUUUGAGAAGAUCCAGCGUAUGGGUGCCCAGCAGGACGAUGGAAGUGAUGCCUCCCCUGGGAGCCCUGACUGGGCAGGGAACAUGCCCCAGGGACAGAGGUCCCAGGAGGAGCUUUCAGGCCCUGAAUCCAGCCUGACUGAUGAGGGCAUUGGGGCGGACCCUGAGCCUCCCGUCCCAGCCUUCUGCAGCCUGGGUCCUGCAGCAGUGUGGCGACCACUUUCCUCACCCUCAGCCCAGACCAACCACCAUAGCUCUGGGGCUGAGGAUAGUCUGGGCAGGUGGGCCAUCGUGUCCCCAGAAACCCCUUCCACACCAGGUACCCUCCGCCGGCGACGCAAAGUCCCCCCUACAGGCCCUGGGGGUACUGAACUGAGCAAUGGUGAGGCGAGUGAGGCCUACAGGUCUCUGAGUGACCCCAUUCCACAGCGCCACCGGCCUGCCACCUCUGAGGAGCAGUCUGGGUUCUCUGUGGACAGCAACCUCUUGGGCUCAUUGAGCUCCAAGACUGGACUUCCAGGGAUCCCACCUGUGGAUGAGGGCCUGACAGGCAGCCACAGUGACUGGUCUGUGGGUAGUGAAGAGAGCAAAGGAUACCAGGAGGUUAUUCAGAGCAUCGUGCAGGGGCCUGGUGCAUUGGGGUGCAUGGUAGAUGACAGGGCUGCCAGCAAAGCCCCCAAGAAGAAAUCUCUGAGUGAUCCCAGCCGCCGUGGGGAGCUGGCUGGGCCUGGAUUUGAGGGCCCUGGAGGAGAGCCUAUCCGAGAGGUUGAGCCCCUGCUGCCUCCGUCCAGCAGUGAGCCCAUCCUUGUAGAACCACAGGCAGAGCCAGAGGAGCCCAGUCUUGCCAGGGGCCGGACACAGUCUGAGAGAGUCCUACCUGAGGCCCUGCCAAGCGCCUCCGCCUCUCACCGUGACUUCCACCUGGACCCCAAGCUAGCCAGUGUUCUGUCCCCACGGCUCCUCCGCCGCGGCUCUAAGAAACGCCCAGCCCGGAGCAGUCACCAGGAGCUGCAGAGAGAGGAGGUCACUCAGGACCAGACUGGCCUGUCUCGGGCCCGGCCCUCCUCCAAACAUGUUCGCCAUGCCAGUGUGCCAGCCACCUUCACGCCUAUCGUGGUGCCUGAGCCGCCAACUUCCAUCGGCCCCCCUGUGGCUGUGCCAGAGCCCGUGGGCUUCCCUGCCCGAGCCCACCCCACAUUACAGGUGCCAUCGCUUGAGGACGUCACCAAGCAAUACAUGCUUACCCUCCACUCGGGUGAGGUCCCUGCCCCAGUGCCUGUGGACAUGCCCUGCUUGGCUCCGACUGCACCACCCUCUGCAGAGGCCAAGCCCCCCGAAGCUGCCCCAGCCAGCAAGUGCUGCAGCAAGCCACAGGUGGACAUGCGGAAGCACGUGACCAUGACCCUGCUGGACACGGAGCAGUCAUAUGUGGAGUCUCUGCGCACUCUGAUGCAGGGCUAUAUGCAGCCGCUGAAGCAGCCAGAGAACUCCGUGCUGUGUGACCCGUCGCUGGUAGAUGAGAUCUUUGACCAGAUCCCCGAGCUCCUGGAGCACCAUGAGCAGUUCCUGGAGCAGGUGCGGCACUGCGUGCAGACCUGGCACUCACAGCAGAAGGUGGGCGACCUGCUCAUCCAGUCGUUCUCCAAGGAUGUCCUGGUAAACAUCUAUUCUGCCUAUAUCGAUAACUUCCUCAACGCAAAGGAUGCCGUGCGUGUGGCUAAGGAGGCGAGGCCUGCCUUCCUCAAGUUCCUAGAGCAAAGCAUGCGUGAGAACAAGGAGAAGCAAGCACUGUCUGACCUCAUGAUCAAGCCUGUGCAGCGGAUCCCACGCUAUGAGCUUCUGGUGAAGGACCUCCUGAAGCACACACCCGAGGACCACCCGGACCACCCACUCCUCUUGGACGCACAGCGGAACAUCAAGCAAGUGGCCGAACGCAUCAACAAGGGUGUGCGGAACGCCGAGGAGGCGGAGCGGCACGCCCGCGUGCUGCAGGAGAUCGAGGCGCACAUCGAGGGCAUGGAGGAUCUCCAGGCCCCUCUGCGGCGGUUCCUGAGGCAGGAGAUGGUCAUUGAAGUGAAGGCUGUUGGUGGCAAGAAGGACCGGUCCCUCUUCCUGUUCACGGACCUCGUCAUCUGCACCACCCUGAAGCGGAAGUCGGGCUCCCUGCGGCGCAGCUCCAUGAGCCUGUACACGGCGGCCAGCGUCAUUGACACGGCCAGCAAGUACAAGCUGCUGUGGAAGCUGCCGCUGGAGGACGCGGACAUCAUCAAAGGGGCCUCCCCAGCCACCAAUCGGGAGAGUAUCCAGAAGGCCAUCAGCCGCCUGGAUGAGGACCUGACCACCCUGGGCCAAAUGAGCAAGCUCUCGGAGAGCCUGGGCUUCCCCCACCAGAGCCUGGAUGAGGCGCUGCGGGACCUCUCGGCCGCCAUGCACCGGGACCUGUCCGAGAAGCAGGCGCUGUGCUACGCGCUUUCCUUCCCGCCCACCAAACUGGAGCUGUGUACCACGCGGCCCGAGGGCACCGACUCCUUCAUCUUCGAGUUCCCCCACCCUGAUGCCCGCCUCGGCUUCGAGCAGGCCUUUGAUGAGGCCAAGAGGAAGCUGGCGUCCAGCAAAAGCUGUCUAGACCCUGAGUUCCUGAAGGCCAUCCCCAUCAUGAAAACCCGCAGUGGCAUGCAGUUCUCUUGCGCAGCCCCUACCCUGAGCAGCUGCCCCGAGCCCAUGCCAGAGGUGUGGGUGUGCAACAGCGACGGCUACGUGGGCCAGGUGUGCCUACUGAGCCUGCGAGCUGAGCCAGAUGUGGAGGCCUGCAUUGCCGUCUGCUCGGCCCGCAUCCUCUGCAUCGGAUCUGUGCCUGGCCUGCAGCGCCGUUGCCAUCGGGAGCCCCCUCCAUUGCUGAGGAGCACCCCAGAGAUGGCACAGGAGCCUGCCGUGCCGGAGAUGGAUGCCGAGGCCACUGCGGAUGAGGAAGCAGCUACACUGGCAGAGCCAGGACCCCAGCCCUGCCUGCACAUCUCCAUUGCAGGCUCAGGCCUGGAGAUGAGGCCAGGCCCCACUGAGGGUGACCCCCAGCCUGAGUUGGUGCCCUUUGACAGUGAUUCAGAUGACGAGUCUUCACCCAGCCCGUCGGGGACCCUGCACAGCCAGGCCAGUCGGUCCACCAUCUCUUCUAGCUUCGGCAAUGAGGAGACCCCAAGCUCCAAGGAGGCCAUGGUGGAGAUGACCAGCUCAGAGGAGGAGCAGGAGCCUGGCUUCCUGCCUCUGUCCGGCUCCUUUGGGACUGGCGGUCCCUGUGACACAAGCCCCAUGGACGGCCGAGCCCUUCGCCGCUCCAGCCGCGGCUCCUUCACCCGGGGCAGCCUCGAAGACCUGCUGAGCGUCGACCCCGAGGCCUACCAGAGCUCCAUGUGGCUGGGCACUGAGGAUGGCUGUGUCCACGUGUACCAGUCCUCCGAUAGCAUCCGGGAUCGCAGGAACAGCUUGAAGCUCCAGCACACAGCCUCUGUGACCUGCAUCCUGUAUCUGAAUAACCAAGUGUUUGUAUCUUUGGCCAAUGGAGAGCUUGUGGUCUACCGAAGGGAAGCAGGCCAUUUCUGGGACCCCCAGAACUUCAAGUCGGUGACCCUGGGAGCUCAAGGGAGCCCUGUCACCAAGAUGGUGUCAGUGGGCGGGCGGCUAUGGUGCGGCUGCCAGAACCGAGUCCUCAUCCUGAGCCCCGACACGCUGCAGCUGGAGCACACAUUUUACCUGGGGCAGGAUUCCAGCCGCAGCGUGGCUUGCAUGGUGGACUCCAGCCUGGGCGUGUGGGUGACAUUGAAAGGCAGUGCCCACGUGUGUCUCUACCAUCCAGACACCUUUGAGCAGCUGGCAGAGGUAGACGUCACACCUCCCGUGCACAGGAUGCUGGCAGGCUCGGACGCCAUCAUCCGGCAGCACAAAGCUGCCUGCCUGCGGAUCACGGCCCUGCUGGUGUGUGAGGAGCUGCUGUGGGUGGGCACCAGUGCUGGCGUCGUGCUCACCAUGCCCACCUCACCCAGCACCGUCAGCUGCCCCCGGGCGCCCCUCAGCCCUGCGGGCCUAGGCCAGGGACACACCGGCCACGUCCGCUUCCUGGCCGCAGUCCAGCUGCCAGACGGCUUCAACCUGCUGUGCCCAACCCCACCACCUCCACCAGACACAGGCCCCGAGAAACUGCCAUCCCUGGAGCACCGGGACUCCCCCCGGCACCGAGGGCCCACCUCGGCCAGGCCUAAGAUGCUGGUUAUCAGCGGUGGCGAUGGCUACGAGGACUUCCGACUCAGCAGCGGGGGUGGCAGCAGCAGUGAGACCGUGGGCCGGGAUGACAGCACAAACCACCUCCUCCUGUGGAGGGUGUGAACCUGUCCCCCGUGGCCGAGGACUCGCCUGCCCACCUGCCCGCAGCCUGCUUGCGUCUUCCUCGCCCACACGCAGGUUUGACAGGAGUGUCCGACCCGGGGUACACAUGUGCCUGUGUGGGCUCCCUCCCAUCUGUGUGGAAACAUUCCUGCUGGAACACCCACUGGCCGGCUGGGCCAAGGCCUUUCCCGACCCUCCGGCCACUCUGGUGCUCCCUGCCACAACGGUGGGGCGCGCAGGCUGCCCGGGGCCUCUGACCCUGGAGCUUCUACCAAAGACACGGCUGGGCCUGGACCCCAGGGGGCUGGGAAGGGCCAUGUGCAAUAUUCGGAAGGCUUCUGGGGGCAGCAGGAGGGCUGGGGGACGGAAUCCCUUCCCAUGUACAGUAUUUAUGUUCCUUUUUAGUUGUGUACCUUCCUAAGCACUUAUUUAUGCAAUGGCCUGGGGCAGGGGGUGAUUUGAGGAAAUGACAGGAGGGGAUAAAAACCAUUUCCUGCCCUGGUGGGCCAUCCUGGGAUCCUACCCAAGCCUUCCUGGAGGUACCAAUGCCCCCUUCCCCCAGUUACAUACAUACACACUGCAUGUUCAGGGCACAAAAACACUGCCCCUCAACAUACACUUUCCAAGGCCCCAUCCCAUUACCCGGCACCAAGGACAAGUCCCCUCAGUUACCCAGAACCUGAUGACUGCUGUGGGCCGUGACUCCCCGAUGGUGUCCUCCCCAGCUCUUGGCAUUUCCGAGCUUGUUGGCAGUGCCUUUAGCAGUUUCCUAAUUUGGAAACGCUGAUGGGGCCUUGGACAUAGCUCUUGCCUGACUUUACCAGGGAAGAGAAAAGGACCCUCUCACUCUCCUUGCAGUGCCCCCCCACCCCUCAGCCCCCUGCCUCCCUGUGUCUCAUGCACUGGCACAUACGGUCACCUUGGGGACAGACCUAGGAGCCCCCUCACUUUGACCACUGAAUUCCCCUCUUCAUACCCCCUUCCACCAGGGGCAGCCCGUUUAGGAAGGACCCCCAAAGCUGAGGGGCUGGACGUACUCUCUUUAAGUGGGAAGGGUCCCUCUUGAGGGCAGCCUCUCCCUCUCCCCCCAGACUGCAGGGUGCCAGCCUGAUCCUCAGUCCCCUCGCUUCUCCAGCUACAACUCCAAAGGUCUGGUUUCAGAUGGGGCUUCUUUUGUUCUGUUUGGUUUGGGUUUUGUUUGGGGUAGGUGGGUCCUUGGGGUCUUAGAUUAUGUUUUUCUUGCUACCAAACAAUCGUGUAUUAACUUUCCUUGGAUUAUGAAGUUUAAAGAGUCAAUAAAUAGAAACAUCAAA